AGCUUAGGUGAGUGACUUUCUUGGCGAAGGUUUCUGCUUAGUUUAGAACUGGCUUGCACAAGCUGAGCUGCGUUUGUCAGCUAGAACCGCGACGCGGAAAAGCCGCGAAAUUUUCUUCAGUGGGUUAGGCAGUGUCGUGUGUCCGUCGAGCAGAGAGCCAGUUUGGUCAGGUCAAUGUCAAUAGCAUUUGAUAAGACGCCUUGUCCAAAUUGAGAUGGAAGUGGUGGCAGCAACCCCAGGCACAGGCCCAGUGCCCCCCUUUCACGACCAUGACGUGCGCGAAUGGUCCAGAAUCGAUAGUCUGACGGGAGUUCUGGAGAGGGCUCGACUGGAAACCGACCACUGGAGCGCCAACACCAGCACCUCUUGCCACAAAUACGGAAAGGUAGUGGACUCGCGGGCUCGAAGCAACGCGGACGGUGCAUUGCAGCAACAGGCGAGAAGGCAGCUAGAAGUGUUCCAAAGCCACAUCCCUGGGGGUCAUCUACAAGUCAUCAAGACCCAGACCGUCUCGAGCAGCCGGUGGAGCAACAAAUCGAGCGACUUGCAAGACCUCCCGAUCAAAGACUUCGAAAACCUUCAGCUCUCGCUGAACCCACUGGAUUUGAGCUCGCAAAAAUCCAAAGCAAACGUAGGAAGAAGUGUCGGUAGGCGGCCACCUUCACGACCGCGAGCUAGAGACGAAUCCUUAAGGACCGCCCAGCAGAAUUUAUAUCGCGUAUCCAGGCUCUGCCAUCAAAUCCACGAGAACGCGGUGAAGCAGACGAUACAACGACAAAACGAAUUCCACGACAACGAGAGGCUCAACGGACACCAGAGUCUGACACGAACGAAAAGCACGAGCAGCGAGGACCUCCACCUGGAGGACAAGUCGUCCAAGAGCAUCGAGGACCUCGAGGACCUCGAGCAACUGCAAAGUUGGAGGAGGACGUCGAAACUGCGAAGAUCGCUGCAGUACCCCAAGGAGGCCAAAGCGCAGCCUUCGAAGCCGACGGACUUGCCCGAAAAUAGCGGCAGCGUGCGCAAAAUCCGAGAGGAAUUAGAGAAAGGAAGAAGACUGAGUACAGCUUUAAGAAACAAUAGUGUGGAUUUGCAGGCUUUAGAUCAGAUACUGCAGAACAUCUCGAGUUCCAGCAGCAAUCAGUCGGAUCGAUUAGAUGAUAAUCAGGACGAUCUAGACACGAAGAAGCAAAAACGCAAUUCUUUCGUCACCGUUGAAAAGCUACAAGAAGUCAGAGGUCGGCUGAGACGCACCAGCACGCCCACGGAAGACGUUUACAAGGUCAAUAAAGAAGAAGAGACUGAUGAUGGUAUAGUUACUGAAGAAGUUAACGAUAUGCCAGUCAGCGAAAAAUCGCGUGUCCGCUCGUACGUCUACGGGAUGGAGACCAUGUUGAACAAGAAACCCAUCGUCGGGACGGGUAGUUUAGAAUCGCGUUCCAAACUUCUCAACGGUGGUACCAAUCUUCGCAGCGAGGACUGGUACAACCGGCGCAAAUCUUACGGAUUCGAGCAAGUUCACACGCACGCGGAAGCUCCGAGUCCGAUUUCUUUGAAGAAUAAAGGACGAGUUGAAUCUUCCACUGACAGUGGGAUUUGCAGAUCGUCCGAGAUCGUCAUAGUGCCAACUACGAAAACAGAAAACUGUGAUGAAAAGACUUUCACUAGCGUUAAGCAGAUCUCUUCCAUUUUCGAUCAAGGGUUUAAUAAAGACUUAAAAUCGACGACUAUCACGAUCCCUAUAGUUUCUAAGCCCAACUCGAACUUCGUCGACUUGAGUUGGGAUGACGUUCCCGAGAAAGACGUAAAAAGACACUCAAUAGCGGUAGACGAAUCUAAGUACGUGACAAACCACACCGACAACAAGUUCAGGAGGACUAGCUUAGCCAUAAACCCGACAAUAGAAGACAACAACGCACAAAACCGAAAAUCAAAAAAAGUAGAGUUUUGCAAAACCGAAGUGCACUUUGCUGCCGAAUCGGGCAAAGUAAACAUAGUAGAAACCGACGAAAAACCACCACCCACGAACAAUUUUCGUCGAAGACGAAGAAAUUCCGGACCUCUUAUAAGUGACGACUUUGAAAGGAACGGUUUACCGGUUUUACAUUUCGGUGAUAGUUCUUAUGAGAAAGUGUUGCUAGGUGUGACUGACGACAAUACCUUCGACCCACCGACGACAGAUGAUAACAUCUACCAAACCUCACCUCAAUCAAACAAUGUCUCUUAUAGCACGGUCACAGUCAACACGAGUUCCAUUCCCGUGUUGGACUUUCAAGAGGACGAAAAAAAGGAUUCCAUUGAAAACGUGAAGGGAAUUCUGAAGAACAAACCGAUCAAACCCACUCCCUACCAUCUCGGGGAAGAUUACUUCAUGAACAGUAAUUCGGACAGCGAUAGUGGUAAAUGGGGAGUUCGAUUGAAGCCCGUGCAGAAGAGCGAUGCACCAUUUUGGAAAUCGACGGUAACUCUCCAUAACACGGUUUAUGGCCAAGAUAAUGUAGAGGACGAUGAACAGCCGGAAUUUCAAAAGCUGUUAAGGAAUUUGCGACCAACCAGUGGGAACAAACCGGAUCUGUUGGCCAAUCAGCGAAAUUCCGAAAAUUUUUCGAGUGUAAAAUUCGUCACGAGCACAGAUAAUCGGAAACCAUGGUCCGUUGCUGAUAGAGUUAAAUUAAGUGAAGACAGUCAAUGGGCAGAAAAUAAGGUUUAUUCCACCAAGGUCAAUUUCGGAGAUGGCGGCACUGCCGUCGUGGAGCAAAAAGACCAACCGUCGUGGAAUAAAAAGGAAACCCCUGUUAAAGACUCGGAGAGAAUUUUAAACAAAGGACUUGUGGUUAGGAUAGGAAGAGACGACUGCACUUCUAAACAUACAGUAUGUUCUAAAACGACAUCACUGGAUUCGAACACUACGACGACAACGAAAAUCACCAUCGACCUAAGUCCGUCUCCUACUAACACGAAAAUCCAAAACUCUCCUAUAGUUCCUCAAACCAAACGAUCUCACUGCUUCAAAUCUACCUCUUUAGUCCUAGACACUAUUAAAAACGACUGCCUUAAAACGAACCACGUUAACAUUCCUCAACAGCUAGAAGCCUUGAAGAAGCUUUACGAAGAUGUACAAAGCGAUAGUGACGCGGACAAAGAAGUUCAAGUUCUGAUGGGAAGAAUGGAAAGGGAUUUCGAAUACGACAAAGACGAUAACACAAGCGAAAUCUCCGGAAGCUGGAGUAAAAUGAGGGCUUGCAGAAUUCUUAACGAUCACGUUAACAAGACAAAUGUAACUCGGGAUAUUCCAAGCUCUAGAAUAAGUGCAAAAGUAGAAAAAGAUGAUCCAAAAGAAAGUGCCAAGUUUAAGUUUGGAAUCGGAGAUAAUUUGUCUAGCUCAACACACUACGAAAGCAACCAAAACGAACAAACUUCAAAAACUUAUAGAAUUAAACUCAAAGACAGUAAAUAUUCACCUGUAGUUAUCCGCAAGAACACUUCUCUAGCAAAAAAAGCAGACUUGCGUACGGCGACAGCAAACGAGAAGUUGUCAAGUCCGUCGCUGGUCACUCGUAGCUCAAAAACAGACUUGCGCUCAGAAAAAUAUGAUUACACAACAGACCAUAGGGAAUUUGGUAAUGUUACGGACACCAAACUCCACCAAAAACAUUCUUCGAACGACAUAGUGCUUCGUCAGCCGAAAAAGUCAGAGAUGACUUAUUUCGGUGUGCGAGUUUCACCACAAUCGAUAAAAAAAAGCGAAGAGACUGUGAUACGUAAAGAAACUAAACUGUCUGAAAAACCUGAUCUCUUACAACACAUGAAAACUGAUAGUCCUAGUAGUAGAAUCCGGGCGAGGAAAACUUCGCCCCCGGAGAAAGAGCAACCGAUUUACGAGAACGUAGCAACGAAAAACAAGACGCGACAGAAGGAAUUCGAUUGUAACAUACUCGAAGAACUAACGAAAGCGGCUGACCAGAUCAUGCUGGCCGUCAAUGGAUUUACGGAUGACGAUUCACACAAGUAUAGUGGUGACGAGAAGAGUUUCAAAAAAGAGCCUUUGGACACCAUAACGGAAAGUAAAUCGUGGAGCCAGGACAAAAAGACGAAAACGACGAAUAAGCAGACGAACGUUAGAACUAAACUGAAAUACACGUCAUCGACGUCUUCUGUCGAAAGUUUAUCCAGACCUAGAAGACCACAAGUGGCCAAGACGGCUCCUGUUAAGAAGAAAACUGCAACUAACGAAUCAACAACUAGAGCUACGACUAAAGCGAGAAGAUUACAACGGGCUAGUAGUAGAGAAGCGUUGUUACAGUCUCAUGGUAGUUCUUCGGAAGAUUUAGGUACAAAUACUGAGGUUCCACCUAGAAAACCAAGACAGAUUCGAAAAACAAAAUCUACACAGCUGAGUGUUACUAAUGGUAUAGAAAUGAGUAAGAGAAGUACGCCACCGAAUCCACCUAGGCGCAAACGGGAGACAUCCAAAACCAGAAAUGAGGAAAGGGUGGAACCAGUACCCGAGAUUCGCCAUAAAACUGCAGUGUCAACCAUAAGGAGUACCGCGGAAAAGUCUAGUCGUGACAGAAGUAGAAGCAGAUUGGAAGAGUCUAAGAAAAGAGUGCCCCAAAAAAGAGAAAGUUCUAAAGGAUUAUCUUCUAAAAGUGAUCUGAAAAAACCCGUAUCUUCCAGAGAGAUCUCUAAUCACCGAAUCUCUACAGCGAACAUCAAGAAAUGUCACCGAGCAGACGAGGGAACAAGACAUUCGUAACAGAUGGAUCGUCGAUCUUUUUUUUAGUUAGUUCUGUAUGUUGUAAGAUUAGUAUACGAUUUGAAUGUGUAAUAUCCUGCCGUACUAGCAUGUAAGUUCCUAAAAAUUAGUGUUAAACGUCUAGAUGUUUCCAAUUAAUUAUUUUUCCAACGACCAAGACGGACGUUUUCAGUUUGCAUCUAAUAACAUGUGAGUUGUGCUUACUUAAUGCUUAACAUGUAUUGUUUAAUAAUUUGUAAUUUAUUUUUAACUCUCUCAAAUAAUUGUGAUCUUAAACUGCUUUGGUUUUGUGAUGUUUUAAUAAUAAUUAAAUUGAUAAUUAAUA